AGCUCAUCGACCAGCCUAACGACAACAUGGCUUCUUCUUCUUCUCGGGUCUCCCAGCUAGGCCUCAAGGCGGCAGUGCUGGCGGUCGUGUGCCUCCUCCUCCACGGCGGCAGGAGCGGCGUGUCGGCGAAGGAGCUGUGCCUGGAUUACUACGACCACACGUGCCCAAACGCGUACAAGAUCGUCCAGGGGGUGCUGGUGGAGGCGCACAAGUCGGACCCGCGCGUCUUCGCCAGCCUCAUCCGCCUCCACUUCCACGACUGCUUCGUGCUGGGCUGCGACGGCUCGCUGCUGCUGAAUACCUUCCCCGGCUUCGAGUCGGAGAAGGACGCUGUCCCCAACAACAACUCGGCGCGUCGAUAUGACGUCGUCGACGCCGCCAAGGCCUCCCUCGAGAGGGCGUGCCCCGGCGUCGUCUCAUGCGCCGACAUUCUCGCCCUCGCCGCCGAGAUCUCCGUCCAGCUGUCUGGAGGACCUGGGUGGGGCGUGUUGCUGGGGAGGCUGGACGGGAGGACCUCCAGCAAAGCCCAGGCCGAGAACCUACCAGGCCCGUUCGACAGCCUGAAAAACCUCACAGACAAGUUCAGCACCGUCAAUCUCGACGUUACUGACCUCGUCGCCCUCUCAGGUGCCCACACGUUCGGUCGUGCAAAAUGUUUGUUUGUCACAAACCGUCUGUACAAUUUCAGCGGUACGAAUCAGCCUGACCCAACCCUAAACCCGGCUUACCGGGCGUUCCUGUCAGCGAGAUGCCCAAGGAACGGUGAUGCAAAUUCUCUACGUGACCUUGAUCCGACUACACCAAAUACCUUUGACAAGAACUACUUCACGAACCUCGAGGCAAAUCGCGGCUAUCUCGACUCUGACCAACUGCUCAAAUCAGACCCAGGUGCAUUGAGGACGACCGCACCCAUUGUCGAUAGGUUUGCAGGUAGCCAGGACGCCUUCUUUAAGAGUUUCGCAUUGUCUAUGAUCAAGAUGGGAAACAUUUUACCAAUUACGGAUCCCUCCCGUGGAGAAAUCCGAAAACACUGCGCAUUUGUCAAUUGAUGUUAAUUAGCAAGAAGGCCACAUGUGGAGACAACUAUGGCCUAUGCUAUAUGCAAGUGCAAAAUCAUGGAUCUUGUUUUCAUGUUCAAUAAUUGGUAAUAUAUAUGCCAACCAAUGUAUGUAAAAUUAUGUGGAUGCUUUGUUCCCACAAGUGCAAUACAAUGAAAAAUUAUUUCCUGUU